CCGAGCUGCUGGUGACGAACAAAGGUCAUCUUGGGCACUUCAGGGAAGAACAUGAGCUGGCUGAACGGGAGUGACAACUGCUCCUUCAGCGACGUGGAUGAGCUGAUGAAGACCGUGCAGAUGGCCGUGCACAUCCCCACCUUCCUGCUGGGCCUGCUCCUCAACCUGCUGGCCAUCCGCGGCUUCCGCACCUUCCUGAGGAAGAGGUGGCCGGAGUACGCUGCCACUUCCAUCUACAUGAUCAACCUGGCGGUCUUCGACCUGCUGCUGGUGCUCUCGCUCCCGUUCAAGGUGGCCCUGGUCCAGACGACGCCUUCCCUGCCGUUCCUCUGCACCCUGACGGAGUGCUUCUACUUCGUCAGCAUGUACGGCAGCAUCUUCACCAUCUGCUUCAUCAGCCUGGACAGAUUCUUGGCCAUCCGGUACCCAAUCCUGGUCAGCUACUGCCGGUCCCCCAGGAAGAUUUUCGGGAUCUGCUUCACCAUCUGGGUCCUGGUGUGGGCUGGGAGUAUCCCCAUCUACAACUUCCAUGGGAGAGUGGGAGAGUACAGGUGCUUCCACAAUAUGUCCAACGACACCUGGAGUGCCAAGGUCUUCUUCCCCCUCGAGGUGUUUGGCUUCCUUCUUCCCAUGGGCAUCAUGGGUUUCUGCUCCUACCGGAGCAUUCACAUUCUGCUCGGCCGCUGGGACAACCACCAGGACUGGGGCCAGCAGAGGGCCUGCGUCUGGACCAUCGCAUCCAGUCUGGUAGUCUUCGUGGUCUCCUUUCUCCCAGUCCACCUGGGUUUCUUCUUGCAGUUCCUGGUGAGGAACGACUUCAUUGUGGAGUGUGGAGCUAAGCAGAACAUCAGCUUGUUCUUGCAGUUGUCCCUGUGUUUCUCCAACAUCAACUGCUGCCUGGAUGUUUUCUGCUACUACUUUGUCAUCAAAGAGUUCCGCACGGGCAUCGUGGCCCGCCAGCAUUCUGGAGACCAGCUGACUCCCCAGGGCACCAUGACCAUCAGGGGCUAAGGGAAGAAAGCCCUGCUCAGAGGAAGGAAACCCCAGCCCCGAAUUCCAGUAGCAGACACCCUGUCCCAGGAUUUUGUGGUAGUGGGGUGAUAUGUGGUGCGUUGACUAGUGUGCUUUUUCUUUAGAGGCUCAUUGAACACUGUGUCUGCUCAUUAUGCCCCAGUGACCUUCUUCCACACUCGGACAGCGCAACAUAAAUCACCAGUGUUUGGGGAUUUCUGACGAACCUAAGAACCAGGUGAAUUCUUGAUUCUUAUGUCCAAAACACAUGAGACAGAAGAACUGAGUAAAAAAAUGAGACCAUCUGGACAAGGCUGGUUCCCAACUCUCUCCUAUCUUCUGUUGCAUUGGAAGAUUCUGGAAAGAGAGAGAGAGAGGAGUUAGGAGAGAGAAUCAAGAAGAUGGGUCAGGGUGCAGGUGUCCUGGCCGAGAUGCAGUGGG